AUGGCGCCCUCAUAUGCUGGCAUGUCGGGCAGGCCACUGUCGCUGGCUGUAUCGACUGUUGCCACGAUGGGUUUCCUACUCUUUGGAUAUGACCAGGGUGUCAUGUCUGGUAUCAUCAGUGACAAUGCUUUUGCCAACGUCUUUACUGCUACCAAAGAUGAUGCUACUAUGCAAGCUCUUGUGACUGCUGUGUACGAACUUGGUUGCUUGGCGGGUGCCAUUUUCGCCCUUCUUUUCGGUGAUCGCACUGGUCGACGCUGGAUGAUCUUUUCCGGUGCUAUCGUUAUGAUCGUCGGUGUCAUCAUCCAGGUUACUUCAUUUGUUGKACACAUCCCUCUUCUGCAGUUCUUUAUUGGCCGUGUCAUCACCGGUAUCGGAAACGGGAUGAACACUUCUACCAUUCCUACAUACCAGGCCGAGUGCUCUAAGACAAGCAACCGUGGUCUCUUGAUCUGUAUCGAAGGCGGUGUGAUCGCCAUUGGUACCGCCAUUGCAUACUGGAUUGAUUUCGGCGCUCACUAUGGCCCCGAUGAUCUUGUCUGGCGUUUCCCCAUUGCAUUCCAGAUCUUCUUUGGUCUCGUCAUCGUCGUCGGAAUGUUCUUCCUUCCCGACUCCCCUCGCUACCUUAUCUCCAAGGAUCGCAUCCAAGAGGGAGAGUACGUCCUUGCUGCUCUGGCAGGCCGCGAGGUCCACGAUCAUGAAACCCAGAUUCAGAAACAAUUGGUCAUUGACUCCAUCAGAGCUUCUGGUUCCGGUCAGAAGACCAGAUUUAGAGAUCUUCUCACUGGCGGCCGUACCCAACAUUUCCGCCGUAUGCUCGUCGGCUCCUCUUCUCAAAUCUUCCAGCAGCUCGGAGGUUGCAACGCUGUGAUCUACUAUCUCCCUGUCUUGUUGAAGGAGUCUCUGCACCAGAGCAAUGACAUGGCCCUGCUGAUUGGAGGCAUUACAUGA